AUGAGGGGGCUGUACCCCAGGGUGCUGCUGCUGCUACCCCUGCUGCUGCUGCUGCUGGGAAGGCACGGGGGGACACCCAAGCGGGAGACGGAGUGCCAGGAGGAGGAGGAGGAGCGCCAGGAGGAGGAGGCGGGCGUCGGCGCCGCGGGGGCGGAAGAGGGCGCGGCGCACGGAGGCGAGGGCGGCGUGCUCGCGUUCCGCCGGCUGCGAAGCGGCAGGCGGCGCCGGCAGAAGCGCGGCUGGCUCAUCCCGGCGAUCAACGUCCCCGAGAACGACCGCGGCCCUUCCCCAAGGGGCUGUGUGAGGAUCAAAUCGAACACGCGCGGGAAAAUCCGCUACAGCAUCGUGGGGCCCGGCGCCGACCAGAACCCCACGGGGGUGUUCGUCGUAAACUCCGUGACCGGACGCCUCUCGGUCACCAAGACCCUGGACCGUGAGCUCAUCGCAGAGUACCUGCUCAAGGCCCACGCGGUGGACAUGAAGGGGCAUCCGGUGGAGAACCCCGUGAAGCUCGUCAUCAACGUCAUCGACAUGAACGACAACCGGCCCGAGUUCGCCACGCCCGUUUUCCAGGGCUCCGUGGCUGAGGGAUCCCCACCAGGCACGGCGGUGAUGAGGGUCGAGGCGAGCGACAAGGACGACGCCUUAACGGCCAACGGCAUGAUCCGCUACAAGAUCAUGUCGCAGGCCCCCAAGGUGCCCUUGGAGCGCACGUUCACCAUCGACAACGCCACGGGCGUCAUCAGCACCAUCGCCGCCGGGCUGGACCGCGAGAGGACGCCGCAGUACGUGCUGGUGGUGCAGGCCUUGGACAUGGAGGGCGACCCGGACAUCGGCCUCGCAAACACGGCCACCGCCAUCGUCGCCAUCACCGACAAAAACGACAAUGCCCCCGAGUUUACGGGCAUAACCUUCAGCGGUACGGCGCGCGAGAACGCGGUGAACGUGACGGUGACGACGCUGACGGCGACGGACGUGGACGAGCCCGGCACGCCGGCAUGGCGCACUCGCUACGUCGUCCGCGGCGGGGACCCCGGCAAGAACUUCGCCGUGGAGACCGACCCCCGCACCAACGACGGCAGGCUCUACGUCGUCAAGCUGUGUGUCUACAAGAAGCUUUGGGUGCCGGGCGACUGGCUGGACAUCGACCCCGUGAGCGGCAAGGUGACCACGGCCGUGGUGCUGGACCGCGAGGCGGCCCUGGUGCAGGGCAACACCUACACGGCCACCUUCCUGGCCACGGAUGACGGCGACCCCGUGGCGAGCGGCACGGGGACGCUGGCGCUGCUGCUGUCGGACGUCAAUGACAACGCCCCCGUCGCCCGGCCCGACGAGGCCGCGGUGUGCGGCGCGCCGGGCGGCGCCGUCGACGUCACCGCCAGGGACGCCGACGAGGACUUCAACGGCGCUCCCUUCGGCUUCCGGCUGGCGCCCGGGAACCCCGCCGCCGACGACAACUGGACCAUCCACCGGGUGGACGGCGGCGGCUCGCAGCUGCGCAUGAAGACGGCGCUGCCCGAGGGCCUCUACUUGGUGCCGCUGCUCGUCACGGACUCGGGCAACCCCGCGAUGAGCGCCGUGUCGGAGCUCCAGGUGAAGGUGUGCGCCUGCGACCGGCGUGGCGACUGCGUCGGCCGCGACGCCGCCGGCGGCCUCAACGCCGCCGGCGCCGAGGCCGCCCUCCUCUGCCUGCUGCUGCUGCUUCUCGUCCUGGCGCCGCUCUUCGUCGCUCGCAAGAGGCGCCGCGACGAGAAACCGCUCUGCGACCCCGAGGACGAGGAGGAGGGCGGCGACGUCUUCACGUACGACGACGACGAGGGCGGGGGAGAGGAGGACCGGGACUACGACCAGGCGCUGCUACUGCUGCUGCGGCUCCCGAGCGAGCUGCCGCCGCCGGAAGCGCCGCGCCGCGAGGGCCCCGGCGUGCGCCACCUGGACGAGCGGCCGUCGCUGGCCGAGCCGCGCUACCCGCACCCCAGCGACAUCGGCGACUUCAUCAGCGAGGGCCUGCGCACGGCCGACGACGACACGACAACACCGCCCUACGACUCGCUGCACGUGUUCCACCACGAGGGGGACGGCUCCCUGGCCGGCUCGCUCAGCUCGCUCAGCUCGCUCGGCUCUUCGAGCGCGGGGGGGGGCGGCGACGACGACGACCACCACGACGACUACGACUACUACGAGCGUCUCAACUCGUGGGGGCCGCGCUUCCGUAAGCUCGCCGACAUGUACGGCGGCGGCUGUGACGACUGAGACCCCCCACCACCACCCUG